AUGAGUAAUACGUCAGUGAAGCCACCUAGUGGCAUGAAGAUGGAUAUAGACCCAAAAGAUAUAAUAAAGCUUUUGACCUUUAAUACCUGGGGUCUAAAGUACAUUUCAAAAUUUCGUCGGGAAAGAUUCCAAGCUCUCGCAGAAAGGCUUUCUAAUCCAUCCCCAGGUGAUGAGUUUGAUAUAGUGGCGUUACAGGAGGUAUGGUGCCAAGAAGAUUGGGAUACCAUUGAAGAGAGUUGUAAGAACUUGUAUCCUUACAGAAGAUUAUUCAAGUCAGGGAUUGUUACGGGGCCAGGUUUAGCAUUGUUAUCAAAAAUACCAAUCGAAGAAACAUUCUUAUAUAGGUUUCCUAUCAAUGGGAGACCAUCUGCAUUCUAUAGGGGAGAUUGGUUCGUAGGGAAAAGUGUUGCCGUUACGUUGUUAAAACCACAUCGUCUAGGUGCUACACCAGUAGCUGUGAUGAACUCUCAUAUGCAUGCACCUUAUGGUGUGGGCGACAACAGCUACUCAUGUCAUAGAGCAUGCCAAGCAUGGGAUAUAACUAGAAUAAUAAAAAUUUUGAAGAGAUCAGGGUAUGCCGUAAUUCAGGUUGGAGAUUUGAAUUCGAAGCCAGGUUCUUUACCGUAUGAAUUGUUUAGAGUCGAAGGUGGCUUGAUGGAUUCUUGGAAAGAAUGCAGUAAAGAAACAUUUUCAAACGAAGAGAUAGCUAGCAUGAACCCAACAGAUCAGGUCACAUUAGGUGGUAUUACUUGUGACUCUCAACUUAAUACUUGGAGAUCGAAAAGGAAACGGUGGGAGGCUUGCAGAUUAGACUACGCAUUGAUUGAUCCCAAGAUGUUAGCACCCAUUUCUGCAGCGGUUAAGUUCUUCGAAAGGCUUCCAGAACCCUAUAAUUGUUCUUUUUCAGACCACUUUGCAUAUUCAGUGAAUCUUAGAAUUUGUAACAAAGAUGAGUUCCGUGAAAAAUUUCAUUGUGGCAACUUAGAAAAGCUUACCGUGUAUAAGCAAUUGAUUUCGGAGAUAGAGGAAUACAGAACGUAUACAAUUCCUUUCCAGGCUAGCUGGAGAAAGAUCUAUUUCAUUACUUCAAUGGCAUUUGUGGUUGCAAUGCAUGUUGUGAUAGGUUUUGUUUCAUCCCAAAUUCCUUUCCUUUCCGUUUUAUUGUUGUUUGUUACUGUAUUCGCUGGUAUUACCGGGGUAAUAAAUGGAUUGAUCUGGUAUUGUUCAGUCAGAUCAGAGCUGAGAGCUCUUGAUGAAGUCCAGAAUGAAGUGGAAGAUUUAUUUGCAUCAGUUAAAAAUAAAUAG